GGAGGUGGAGCCGGCUGCGCUGGUGGCUCGGGCGCUCCGUGGCUCCGGGCACGGGGUGCGUACGGCGACGGGAGCGCAGCGCAGCCGCCGAGAGCCGCCCACUCGCCCCAGCUCGGCCGGGCUCCGGGAGUCGCCGCCGGCAGAGAUUAAUGGGAAGGAAAAGCGGGUAAAGAGGGAACCCAGAGGAGCCUGGCACCCAGCAGUGAAGGUUGAGCAGCCUGGAUUACUGCACUGGGGUCCUGGAGCAAGGAGACCAACUGAUGUGUGUUUAGCACGGCCCAACUUGUGGUGACCAAACACUUCUCUGGAGGCCUGUCCCUCCGAGCAGCACACAGGCGACAGAGAAAAAUAUGGGGCACAUAGGCAAUUAAAGACUAGAAAAGACAGUGUGCUUCAAGUCCUGAGAUUUGCUCAGGAAGAGUUGGAUCAAGCGGCCUGAAGACCAUGGAGGGAGACUGUCUGAGCUGCAUGAAGUACCUGAUGUUUCUUUUCAAUUUUUUUAUAUUUCUGGGAGGAGCAUGCCUGCUAGGAGUUGGGAUCUGGGUCAUCGUGGAUCCAACAGGUUUUCGAGAGAUCGUGGCUGCCAACCCUCUGCUCUUCACAGGAGCAUACAUCAUGCUGGCUAUGGGAGCAAUGCUCUUUCUGCUGGGUUUCCUUGGCUGCUGCGGUGCCAUCCGUGAGAACAAAUGUCUCCUACUUUUUUUCUUCAUGUUUAUUUUGUUAAUCUUCCUGGCGGAGCUUUCAGCUGCAAUUCUGGCUUUUAUCUUCAGAGAAAAUCUGACGAGAGAGUUUUUCACCAAGGAGCUGAAGAAGCAUUACGUGAGGAACAAUGACACAGAUGUCUUCUCCUCCACUUGGAAUUCUGUUAUGAUCACAUUUGCCUGCUGUGGAGUGAACGGACCAGAAGAUUUUGACGCUGUCCCUCCAUUCCCACACUUGUUGGAAGAGGCUAUACCAGAGGCUUGUUGCCAGCGAAAGCUCCAGAGCCGAGAAGGGAUGAUUGUUAACAGGCAAGCCUGCCUCCGAGGCAGCGAGAAGUUUCAGAACCGGCAGGGCUGCUACACUGUGAUCCUGAACUCCUUUGAGACCUACGUGUAUCUUGCAGGAGCCCUGGCCAUUGGAGUGCUGGCCAUUGAGCUGUUUGCCAUGAUUUUUGCCAUGUGUCUCUUCCGAGGGAUCCAGUAAGAGGCACCCUGCGGACCACCACGUUCCUAACAUUGGAAUGAUGCUUGGAAGAAAGAAGGAAUAUCAGACGAAACACAACCUGAAAACACACAAGAAACUUUAUUUUUUUUAACAAAAUGGGAUAGGGGGGAAAAUGGAGGGGAAAAAAAAAAAAAUAAGAGGGCUGUAAUAUAUGAAUGACCAAAAGGAUUGUACUUCAGGGGCUGGAACUUUGAGGUGAUGUGCACUACACUGUACACCGGAGCCUUGCCCAGAGCCACCCACAGCAGCUGUGGAGCAGGAGCCCAGUGCAGCCACUUAUGCUAUGGACAGAUGGAGCCUAUGGGGAGGAGUGGGAGGACAAGCACAGCUGUCCCUCUGACCUGUCAGUGCAAAGCAGUGCCUACCAUCUGCAGCUUCAUCGUGAUUUAGACAGCAAAGGACUGAAGAACAGCAACCCAGGGGCAGCAAGGUUGCAUCAGGCAGCGACGUUGGCCAAAGUAUGGAAACCCACCUGGGCAGUCCCGACAAGUGGUGCUGGCAGCUCAUCUAAGAAACAGGCAGUCAUUGCUUGUGUGAUUCCGGCUAUAAUUCCCAGCCACAGAGUGAAAACACACAUUCUUCCUUGUACGUAAGUUUUGCCCCUACUGCCUGAAACUUGUCAGAGAAGUCAAACGCUUCGGGCAGUCUGGCUUUUCUCUGGAGCCCUAAAUGGGGGCAGAGUGGUCUCACUUAAACACGGGACUCAUCCAGGGCUGGCUGAUGGUCAAGAGUUUGGGGCCUGCCUUUCUGAUUUUUCCUUUUUUGUUCAGUGUUACUGGGAAGGAAAAAAAAAAGAGCAAGUUGUUCCCUGCUGUGUUCCCAUUCCCUGGGAAAAAUGAUGACUCUGGUCAAGAAUAUCUAAUUCUGCCACCUUCCUGAAAGGGGAGGCAAUAGUGUUUAACACUUGUCAGCCUUUGCCUUUCACUUCAUCCUUGCAAAAAACCACUCUGUGGUGGUGUUAUUAGUAUAUGAGGGCUGCUCUGAAAGUAAAGCCUCCUAUUGUAUUAUAUUUGCCCACAAAGUCAGAGGCGGAUGUUGGUAGUAUGGCAGUAGUGGUUGAACCUUCCCAUCAAUAUCCCAUUACAUGCCAUUGCUAUACAUCAGAUGGCAGGGGAAGGGGCAGUUUGACAGAUGGUGUCAGACAUGCCAGUGCUAUGAAACAAAGGCGUGUCAUAGAAUUCAUCCUUGUGGAAAAACAUGGCACCCAUUGACAUUCAUCAACUUGCUGAAUGUUUCUGGAGACCAAACAGUGGAUGUGAGCACAGUGAGGUGGUGGGUGGUGCAUUUGAGCAGUGGCAACAGUGGGACACCUCCACCGGUGCAGAUAUUUAUGAGCGUGGCAUGCAGGCUCUUGUUCAUUGCUAGUGAAGGUGCACGGCUAAUGGUAAUGAUUAUGUUGAAAAGUAGUGAUUUGUAGCUGAGAAUUUGCUCUAUCAAAUACUGUUAUUGUGCUCUUUGUUGUAGUUUCCAUGGAAAUAAAUAGGAGGCAUUACUUUUGGAGCAACCUCUGUAUAUUUGCAGUGGAUUCUUAUAAGCUUUACUGCUCCAGCAGGAUUUCCAGGCAUAGUACACGAUGAGCCUGAGGUUCAUCAGCCACUCCCAUGCUGUUUACCUUAUGCUGUCUGGUGGUCUCCUUUCUGCUCUGGGGAUUUCCCCUGAGGCUUUCCCACGGGCUCAUAGCAGAAGCAUCAGGUCAGGAUUGUUCUUGCCUGCCUGUUAGUUGAGAGCGUUUCCUCCCUUAAGAUAGUUUGAUGUUUUGCUGAUUGUUAUCUACUUAAUCAUUUGGAAAUGAACUUGAGAAACAUGCCCAAGACUGGAUGUUGGUCAGAGAUAUUAAGGUGGAGCUGAGGUCCCAGGCAGGAUCUGGGAGCAUUCAGUGUGCAGCUGCUGUGACUACUCCAGCUGCUUCUCCAGUGUUUGUGGUCAUUGACAAAAACAGGUCACUGGUUUCUAUCCUCUGGAAGCCUCAGCCCCUGUUGGCUUUGUCAUUCCUCUGGUUGCUCCCUGACUCCAAACUCGCUUUGUCUGGAGGAGGAUGGCAGGGGCUACCUUUUUCUGUUUAGCUUACAUCUUUUUAUAGUCUUAGAUUAAGGAGCACUUUUAUAUAGGGUUAAACUAGUCCAUCCAAAAGCGGUAGCCACUGCCAAGGAAGGAAAGGGGGAUGAAGGCAGCAGUGAGGAGCCAAGCAGCAGCCUCCUGUCCUGGCAGCAACAGGUAUCUUACACCAUGGGGUCUGUGUCCGCCAUGCGGAUGCAAGUGAAUGGAUGUGCAGGCUGCAAGGCAGGAAGGAAAGCAGAAGAAAGAGUGGUCCAUAAUAAACAAAGAUCUUGGCUAAAUAUCCUGGCUGGAGAAUUGGGAUACAAAGGAAUUGGAAAGAGGCCAUAAAGCUUUUCCAGGCUUCACUUGAGAAAAGCAGGAUAAAGCUGGGGCAGGUAGAGCAGCAGCCCACCUGCACUGUGUCAGCAUAUUCCAGCAGGAGAGCGAGGCCAGGAUUGCUGAGUGGCCUCAGAUGUUGCAUUAAACUUUAUGGAAAGCUUUUCUGAGUGGUUUCCCUCUGGACCUGUAUUUAAUGAUGCAUUUUAGCAUUAAAUUCUGGCCUGUCGUUUAAUGAAGGAAAACAGUUUUGCUAGCCAAAACCAGCAGUAUUUUCACUAAACAGCAGGUGCUGCUCUUAAGAUAGGAAAAGUCUGUUGCAUCUGCUGGUCUUGCAGGAAUGGGGCACUGCACCGGAGCCAAACUCAGAGGCAAGGAAGCGUAACUGUUCUACCUCUGCUUCAGGAGCUGGUGUCAGUGGCUGUUCUGAUAGAGCCACUGGCAGGGGAAGAACGACCCCAUGAGCAGAUGGCAAUUUGGAUAGAGGUGAGCAAGAGAAGCAGGAAUACUUCAGAAGAUUGAGGUAGGAUCGCUGCAGGCUUAUUUCUCUUUGGCUUUCCCAGUUCUGUACCGUUUUCUUUAGUUUUAGCUCACAUCCUCUCUCUCUCUAUCACUUGUCCCUAUACCUCCAAAAGACCCUUUAUUCUUCUAGUGUUCUGGUCUUUGUGCAGUUGUUUCCCCUCUCUUAGCUUCUCUGAUCCUCCACCGCUCUUUUCUGAAUUAAGACCUCAAUUCUCUGCAGCUGUGCCAUUGGGAGCACAGCUUAAAGUCACCGCAAAGGCCAGGCAGCACAUUUAAAUGAGAAAUGGAGAUUGUUGUAGAGAUAAGGGCAAGUCUGAGAGUACCUGUGGAAGUAGGCAACAGGCAGGAGUUGAUUCCAGGGGCAGUUAAUGAACAAGGGAGCACAGAAGGCAGACUCCUGUUGUAUGGCAAAGCGUGUCAAUUUGUUGUUUUUGUCCGAUGGUAAUGUGGCCACCCCCUCUGUUGUACAGUAGUUUUUCUCUUUUCAGAGGAGUAGAAAGGAGAAGCAGCUGUAUUUUUGUAUUUGUUUUUAGCAGCUCUGGUGAAUCUGGGGGCUCAAGCUGCAGUCGCUGCUGGCUGCAGAGCAGAGGGGGCUGUGGCUGCCGUGCAGUGAGCACAGCCUAUGCACCUUGGGGGGAAUAGUGGAGAGCAGCCCCCCAUCCUGCCCCCAGCUGUUAUUUAAUGCUCAAAUGACCGUCGCAAAUGCCUGGGGAAAGGGCUGCGUGUGAAAUAAUGAUGUUGGAAAUCUAUUUUAAAAGAAAAACCUGUAAAUGUUCUUUUUAUUAGAUAGUGGAGCUAAUUUAUCCUGUAUUCCCUACUGUAAUGCUUUUUUAUAUUGAAAGGAAUUUUUUUUGGUAAUAUAAAGCAGAACACAAGGCUGAAA